UCACAUUAUUAAAUUUGUGAUUCUUUUUACUAUUUUUUCCUGUCUUCUCCGGCGAGUCGGCGAACGGAAAACGAUGUGCACAUUGGAGAAGCGAGGAAACAUCUUCAUCCUCACCCUAACAGGCGAAGGCGAGCACCGCUUACACCCGACACUCAUCGAUUCCAUCACAGCCGCCGUCCGCCGCGCCCGCUCCGAAGCCACGGGCCCCUCUGCUCUGAUCACUACGGCGCAAGGGAAGUUCUUCUCCAACGGCUACGAUCUGGAAUGGUCGAAGCAGGACAUAGAGCGCCGCGGCAAGAUUAUGUCCUCUAAGCUCCGCCUCCUCGUUGAGGAGCUAAUCAACCUCCCCAUGCCCACCAUCGCAGCCGUCACUGGCCACGCAUCCGCCGCCGGCUUCGUGCUCGCACUCUGCCACGACUAUAUUCUCAUGCGCCGGGACCGAGGGUUUCUCUACCUGAGCGAGCUCGAUAUUCGGCUCAGGCUUCCCGCCUGGUUUAUUGCGCUCAUGAAAUGUAAAAUUGGCUCGCCGGCGGCUCUCCGAGAAGUGGCUCUGACAGCGGCGAAGCUGACCGGAGACAUGGCGCUGCAGAAAGGCAUUGUCGAUUCGGUGCACAAUAACGCAGAUGAGACUCUGAAAGCAGCUGAAAAAUUGGGGGAAGAAUUGGUGAGAAGAAAUUGGGAUGGAAAUACGUAUUCUGGUAUAAGGACAACCAUGUUUGCCCAAGUAUUGGAGUCGCUCGAAUCCGAUGAGACCGUCGGAGACUUCGGCAAAAAGGACGCCAAGAAGACCGUCUCCCGACUGUGACUGUAUCCGGCCAUUUUUUCUUCUGUUUUUUUGUAGAUGUACUUGCUCAGUUGCUCCAUGCUCUUGCUGUCUAUAAAGGCUUACUACAACUUCUCAACUUACAGGCAGCCCUGCAGGCCAAAAGACACAAAGAGACUAAAUCCCAUACCAGCUUUCAGUUUUCUUCGCUCUUCUCCCAAAUACUGCAUACUGAACCAUUGAGCUAAGCCCGUGCU